AUGUCGAGUGGGAGCAGAGAUAGGGCCGGACGAGACACGAGCUCGGCCGCUGCCAGGCCCGUGGCCGAUCAAGCGCUCGCCGAGGUGGCGGAUGCGCUGGGCGACGAGGCGGGACGGGCGAGCGAGCUGGCGGGUCACCCGUUGAUGGAGCUGCUGGUGGAGCUGAUGGAGCUCAUCCAGACCGCGCCAUGGACAGAGUCGCCGAGCGAGGGCCCGCUGGCGGCAGGAGUAGCGGUGGCGGCCUUUCUGGCCCGACGGGGCGUCCGCCAGCUCGACGAGCUGCUCCCGGGAACCUUUGGCGACGACAUGAUGUGGCGGCUGGUGGCCAUGCGGCGGGUGCAGGCGGCCGAACUGGAGAAGCUGCAUCGGAUAGUAAUGUCUGUCACUAGCACCUUUGAGGCCGAGGCGAUGGCGGCUACUGGUGAGUCGAGCCCGGGCCUGCUGUCGAUGGCGGCACGGAUGCAGGCGGUGCAAAAGGCGCUCAAGCGGAAGCACUCGGCGGCCGACGCGGCGCUCAAAGCUGAGUUGGAUCAGCUCGGGCAGUGCCGAUCCAAGCGGCAGCGGCUGUUGGGGCGCGGCGAGCGGGCACGGGGAGACAAAGACGAUCGCGAUGCGUAUGCGGCGGCGCAGGCUGUGCUCAAGGCGUGGCUCUUUGAGCACGCUCAUCACCCCUCGACAACUUCUUCAUCAACGCCCGGAGGCGGAUCCUGCCCAAGGUAA